AUGAGUGAAGAGGACGUGCUGGCCAUGGUGUUGGAGCAGUCCCGCAGCGACUACGUCAACAGCCUCCGUGCCGCUGCCUCGAAAUCCCCUCAGAGUCCGUUUUACCGCGAGGAAAGAGAGGAAGAAGGCGACUUGUCUCCAGGUCCUGUCCACGAUCCGCAAAGCCAGCCCACGGCCCAGUCCUACUUCCGCGGACAACUCGAUGCCAACGAGGCCACGUCACCGGGGCAGCAGUGCGAACGGGAAGAGGGUGGUGGGUGUUAG